UGCACGUCACUCAAACGCUCAAAGUUACAGUAAAGUUGAGGAUCCAGUUUGGAAGAGGAAGUUGUCAUGUAAUUUGUGAAUGCAUUGGAACGGUGAACUGGAAAUCGUCAUAUCUUGGAAAUAUAACUCUUUUUUUAACAGUGUUAACAUAGUUCUUCUUGGAUCAGAAUGGAAGCACGGCACGACAGUUCACCCAUGCAGGCUUUCGAUAAGGACGUUUUGGAAAUUACUGUUGAAGAUGUUUAUGACAUUUCUUACGUGAUCGGCAGAGAUUUAUUAAAAGUCAACACAGGUAGCCGGGAAUUCUCGGAUUUACAGUUCAAAAUCAUCCGUGUGCUGGAGAUGUUUGAGACCAUGGUGAAUAAGUACAACGUGUCGCUGGAGCAGCUGAGGAUGGAGCUGGACAAUAUGAAGCGAGAAAUGGACAGAGCUGUAGCAGAAGAUUCAAGCGGUAAUGUUAACAAUCAGACUGUUGGUCCAAACAAACUAGUUGUGGACUUACAAGACCCAAACCGACCACGAUUCACCAUGCAGGAGUUAAAGGAGGUUCUGCAAGAGAGAAACAAACUUAAAGCCCAGCUGUUGGUGGCCCAAGAGGAACUACAACUCUACAAGAGUGGAGUCCUGGGCUCCGAACAGAAGAUGGUGGAAGUAAACCUGGAGACCCUUCCUCAUUCUGAACCUGCACCCUCCACCAUUAUAGAGGAGCCCAAAGAGAAGAGCACCAUUCAGAAACUGUUCUCAUUUCGACAAAAAUAGUUACCUGAAUUUAGCACAAACUAAACACAUUUGAGACAAGCAACCCUUCCAACAGGGUGAGGACAGAUGCGAAGAAGUGAUCUUUUUAAUCCAGCCAGAAAUGGGAAGUAAAUCCUUCGCCUUGCUCCUACUCAGUGUUUUUAAUUGUGUACAUUUUUAACAAUGAUUGUGACAGUUCUCACUUUGUUCAUCGAGUGUGAAUUCAAACAUGAAUGACAAGAUAUGGCCCAAGAUUUCCCUCUAAACACCUCCCUUAGAUAAUAUACAUUUGCAGACUAUUUGAAACACUUGAUUUUCAUGAAUAUUAUUUAACAUUAAUAUAAUUUGACUACUAGAAUCAAAUUUAUAUAUCAGUCAUUUUAUGAAUAGCACAAGUUUAAAUUUA